AAGGAAUGUAUCUGUACUUCAUGGUAGCAUACAAAUAGCUGAAAUGCUCUAUUAAAAAUAGUGUUUUUGGAGCUGUAAGCUGUAGUACACAUACAUGUAUAGCUAAUGAACAGCAUAGGAAACUAUGGCGGCUGGUUAUGUUACGUCAUUUACAGAGGCGUGUGUUGUGUGAGAUGAUUUUAGGGAGUAUAUCACUAGGACAAACACUUACCGUCUAUUUGGUCCUGUGAGAGAUGUUCCAUCUGAAAAAUAAUCAAUUGAGUGAUAUCAGCUUGAACAGCGUCAUGCAUGAUGUCGUUAUCUUCAUAUACGUCACACUGACUUUGAAGUGAACCAAACUUUGGCACCAGAUUUUCUGCCAGUUACAGUUUGAGUGGCGUGCACCAACCCCGUGACCGUCCAUCUAUGACAUGUGUGUGGACUUGACAAAAGAAGGGGAUUAUAUUACGGCUGACUGGAAACGAGACACGUCCGUACAAAGAAUCAGACACAACUGUACAGUAUAAUUAAAACAAUGAUCUGGUCAUAUAAAACAAUUCACAUAUUGCUUAUCCCGUGGUUAAUACAACAAUCAAACCAUGCAUAAAACCGAUUCCUUCAGAUAUCAAAACAACUAUUGUACAGUACUGAUUCAACAUAGUGAAGAAUAACACAGGGUUGGACUAAUUUUAUUCUACUACAUACGGGCCCCAUGUAGGUGAAAACAGCGGUUUCCCUAAAAAUGUCGCAGACGUCUGAACAAGUGGAGGACGAAAUCGACCUAACACCAGAUCAGAUAGCGGAAUUUCAGGAGGCGUUUAGCCUGUUUGAUAAAGAUGGCGAUGGUACAGUGUCGGCAAAGGAACUUGGGACGGUAAUGAAGGCUCUUGGACAGAACCCAUCAGAUGCAGAAUUACAAGAGAUGAUAAAAGAAGUGGAUACAGAUGGUAACGGCACGAUAGAGUUCGAUGAGUUCCUGCAGAUGAUGGUGAAGAAAAUGAAGGAUUCCGACAGUGAGCAAGAAAUAAAAGAGGCGUUCCGAGUGUUUGAUAAGGAUGGCAAUGGAUAUAUAAGUGGAGAGGAGCUCCGACUUGUUAUGGCGUGCCUGGGAGAGAAGUUGUCGGAUGAGGAAGUUGAAGAGAUGAUUAGUGAGGCAGAUCUCGAUGGCGAUGGUCUUAUCAACUACGAUGAAUUUCUGGCAAUGAUGUCGAAGAGUUGAUACCUUAUCAAAUGGAGUGUGUAUGUUCAAAGACUGGAGGAUACUACAGUUAUAGCGAAAUGUAUGUGUGGAUGUAUAGCUUUCCUCUCAAAAUCAUAUUACUGCAUCUUUAAAGUGGACCAUUACCCUUCCUCUCGUCGGCUUUUGCUACUAUCACAGACAGUAGCAUUAUCUACAAAAACAUGCCAAAUGGAUACUAAUGCAAGAGUUAUCGAGAUACUUGAAACACAGGCACCUUACUAAAACACCAUUUUUUAUGUUUUAUCUUUGUUUUUAAAAGUAGGUGCAUGAAUUAAUGUCUUUUGUGACGUAAGUCAGAAAUGAUUUUUGACAAAAUGGCGCCACGUGACUUUAUCGAUCAGGACGAUGUGGAUACAUUCGUAUGAGUGUUAUAGAAAAAUAUAGUGCUCUAGUUUGAGAGCGUUGUAUAUUGCGAUGUAAUUUGAUCAUACAUCUCAAUGGAAUGUUCAGCCUGCGCCAAGCACUUUCUAAAAGUUCUAUACACGUGUUCAGGGAAAGAAUCAUUAUAAUUUUAUGUCUUCGACACGUGGCAAGGAGGGCAUGCCAACAUGCAUUACACAGAAUGUAAUAGGUUUAAAAGAGCAAAUAGAUUGAUAUUCCAUUUUCAUUUAUAGGAGGAGAAAAAACUUAACUCAAUUUAGAUAAACAUUCAUUUUUAUUAAAAGUCACACAUUGGAAAGUGUGCAUCAAAUUCAAAACAAAGUGCCCAAAAUGUGUCAUGGAAUCCAUUGCAUAGAUAAUUCAAUAUAGGCAUAGUACACCAAAUAUUCACUCGUCACCGUUUAGAGUUAACACAUUUUGAUGACGUCAUCCACAUUUUUUGUAGAUUUAUAUUCGAUGACGUCACUCAUUAUGAUAUAACAAGUUGCUGACAUCAUCCAUCAUGUGUAUACUUUUUAUAUGAUUAUUUAACUGUCAAACUGUAUAAUGACUGGCAUUUUCACAAUAUUUUUUAUUGAAUGUAACAAUGUAAACAGUGAUAUUUUUUGUUGUAAAAUUGGGAUCAUACAGGUUUUGAAUACAGUGUAUGCUGUCUUUUAGUUAAUCUUGUUUACAAUGAUGUACGACAUAAAUAAACAACAUGUGUAUUUAACUGAUUUUUUCCGUGUGACGCAUGAAUAUUGAAACAAGAUUAACUAAAAUUCCGGUUUUAUGAAAGCUGGUGCAUAAUGACCAAGAAAUAAUGGUUGAAAUAUAUUUAUUCUUCUUAGAUCAACAAAAUAUUUUAAUAAGCUUCCAUUGUGAUUGGCAGUAAAAUUAAAAUUGUUUGAAGUGCUGUUUAUAGCUAUAUCAAAUAGUGUUGACGAAUUCGAUCUCUCUAGACCAGAUUAAACAUAGUCUAGUUCAUUAAGGUCGCGCAUAUAACAUAAACUUCAAACUCUAUUCAGCACAUACACUAAAUGGGAAACGAGUUGAAUGUAUUGACUUUAACGCUGAAAAACAUAAACAUAUGUAAUGAAUCUAAGAGGGACUAUGUCCAUAUUUAUUUUAAGGGUUUUGAAGUUAAAACUGAAGUAUAUAAAUCUUUUAUUCCAAUAUUUCAAUGCAAAAAUGCUAUUGGAGAUUUAUAUAUCGAUAAUCAGUUCUAGUGUCAGAUAACAUAGAGUUUAAACUU